AUGCAGUCAAUUUUCUUGCUGCUGGGCCUCUUUGCCGAUGCAAUCUCCGCCAGCCCCUUGGAGCAACAGCCGUUAGGCCAUAUCUCAACGGGUCUGGCGGAGGGUUUGCGCAAACCUGUACGCGGACGAUUCUUGCACAUAACUGAUUUCCAUCCCGACCGUCUCUAUAACCCCGGAACCUCGAUCGAUCGCUCGUGCCACCGUGGUAACGGCCCCGCGGGGUAUUUUGGAGCUGAGGGCACAGAUUGCGAUGCACCCUUAUCACUCGUGAACGAAACAUUUCGCUGGAUCGAAGAAAACUUGAAAGAUGAGAUUGAUUUUGUGAUUUGGACCGGGGAUUCUGCCCGACACGAUAAUGACGAAAAGCUCCCUCGCACAGCGGACGAGAUUAUGGAUUUGAAUGCAUUCCUGUCACAAAAAUGGAUUAGCAUUUUCGGGGAGGAGGAAGUUUUGCAAACCUCGAAUGCCGUCCCCAGGAUGUCGAUCCCUGUGAUCCCGACUUUCGGUAACAACGAUAUUAUGCCCCACAACAUCUUCAACGAGGGCCCGAACAAGUGGACAAAGCGCUUUGCGGAGAUAUGGGGCGACUUUAUUCCAGAAGAUCAGCGUCAUACCUUCGUUGAGGGCGGUUGGUUCACCACGGAGGUCGUCCCCGGUCGGCUAGCGGUCAUCAGCCUGAACACCAUGUACUUCUUCGAUUCCAACAGUGCGGUGGAUGGAUGCAACGCCAAGUCGGAACCAGGAUAUGAACACAUGGAGUGGUUGCGAGUGCAGUUGAAAAUCCUACGCAGUCGCAACAUGAAAGCCAUCCUCAUGGGUCAUGUUCCCCCCGCCCGGUCGAGCGAGAAAAAGAACUGGGAUGAGACAUGCUGGCAAAAAUAUACACUCUGGAUGCACCAGUAUCGUGACAUUGUUGUCGGUAGCUUCUACGGCCAUAUGAACAUCGACCACUUCAUGCUCCAGGACAGCAACAAGGUCAACAUUGAUUCGCAAGCCGACGGGAAGGUUUCAAUCAGGUCAAAAACCGACUACCUCGAGUCGCUCCGAAACCAAUGGUCGUCAUUGCCAUCUCCUCCCUCGGGCACUUUCGAGGAGCUUGACUCCGCGUCGAAUUUCGGAGAUCUCUCCGAAAUUAAAUUGGCGAAAGACAAGAGGGGUAAAAAGAAGGAUAAGAAGAAGCAAAAAUUCUUGGACAAGAUUGGAGGGCCGUGGGCAGAGCGAUACAGUGUAUCACUAGUAGCUCCCAGCUUGGUUCCGAACUUCUUCCCCAGCCUGCGCGUGGUCGACUACAAUAUCACGGGACUGAACGAUUUUGCACAUGGGGUGGAUUUGUCCCCCCGUGAGGUUGACGAUACAACAUUCGGGCACGACCACGAUGCGAUUGAUACGCCGGAACUCAGGGACGAUUCUUUAAUAAGUCCCGAAAUCCAGAAGAAAGAGGACAAGAAAAAGAAACCCAAGUUCAAAGUCCCCGAGCCUCCAUCGUCAACCGCUCCUCCUGGCCCUGCAUACUCGAACCAGGCGUUCACGUUGCUUAGCUACACUCAAUAUUACUCCAACCUAACAAAAAUCCACGAACAGAUCGCGGCCGAGGAAAGCAAGAAUCCUCGUGUCCACUACGAGAUCGAGUACACCACCAAUGAUGAUGUGUAUCGAAUGAAAGACCUGACGGUCCGCAGCUUCUUCCAACUUGCGGCCAGAAUUGCCCAAGAUGGAGAAGAAAAACAGACGGACAUUGUCAAUAACCCAGCGACUGAGUCCAAGAAAAAGAGAAAGAAGCCAAAUGAUGUAUGGCGGGCUUUCUUGAGGCGAGCGUUUGUUGGAUUCGAAGUUGACCUGAAUGAAUAG